AAACAAGGACGUUACAAGCCAAAUUAUUUAAUGAUCCUGAUAGUGAAUAUGAUGUUUUGAUAGCAAGUGAUGCUGUUGGAAUGGGUUUGAACUUAAACAUAAAAAGAAUAGUGUUUGAGACAGUCAGAAAAUUUAAUGGUACAGAUGUGCGUUUAGUAUCACCACCCCAAAUUAAACAAAUUGCUGGAAGAGCUGGUAGAUAUGGUACAACAAAUGCUGUUGGAGAAGUUACAGCAUUGGAUCCUCUUGAUUUACAAUAUAUUAAAAAAGCAAUGGAAGUUCCCAGAUUACAACCAACUAUGCAAAUGGUUGAAUUAUUUGCACAUCAAUUACCUGAUUUAAAGCAAUUUUCCGCACUUUUGGAAAAAUUUGAAUCAUUGGCACGUGUUGGUGGACAAUACUUUCUAUGUAAUUUUACAAAUCAAAAAUUGAUAGCAAAUUCUAUUGAACAUAUCCAUUUGACCAUACCAGAAAGAUUUAUAUUUGUUACAGCACCUAUAAAUACAAAUGAUUUGUAUCUUAUGAAAAAAGUUCAAAUGGUUACAUGGUGA